GCUAAAGCCGCCAAGGAGAACUUCUCGAAGAGCGAGAAGUUCCGAUGUGAGGCAGCCACUCCUGCUGUGUGGAAUGCGAUCUGGUCGAAGGACAUGACAAAAUGUCCAAAGGAGUUCGCGUCGGCCAUAGAAACGUUGCAGAGCCACUUGCCAGGUCAUCCGAGCUUGCAGUGGCCACCUCUUCGAUUCCCCGAGGACGCAGUGCCGCCGCUGGUUCCUCCCACCGCCCCUUGUGGAGCGGUCGCAUCGCCCAAUUCUGGGGCUCCGACCAUUCGAGUCACGGUACCGCGUCCUGCAACAACAGUUGCAACACAACCGGCAGCCUCGCUGUCUGCGCCGCUGGCUGGGACACGAGGUGCUCGCGAUGUGGGAGUUGUUCGUUCCACGCCAGCCAACGAGCCCUCACCUCUGAGGGAUGGUGUGGGCUCUGCGGCAUUUGACGAGGAGAGCACACGUGCAUUUAUUGAGAGUCGCAGGUGGGGGGGGAGUGUCGACAGUUCAGCGCCCGCGCUCGCUCCUGUUUUCAGGAGUGCUAGGAAGUCAGAUGCCACACGGGGUGGUACUGCGGUGGCACCUGGCGCAUCACCCCGCAGUUCGUCGRRGCACCCCUGGCUGCCACCGCCACCGUCGAGAGCGGCGCAGCGUCCAGUGGUCCACCACGCUCACGGAACCGCCCACCCGGAUCCGUCACACGCACCUGCAGAUGCUCGACAUUCUGCUUCCGUGCCUCGUUUCGGGGAACAAGUGGAUCAUGGGGUGCCUGCCGAGGAGGUUCCCGCUCCGGUGUCCGAUUCAUCGCCGACCCCUGUUCCGACAACCACGGGCGGUGGUCGGUCUGACCCACAACCUCCACCCGUGUUGACCGGAACGUUAGACCCUUUGCAGCGCAUUCGUGGCCUUGCAGUCACCCAGAGCGCGGCACCUGUGAGCCCUGGCGGGUUGUUGGAUGCUGGGGUCCUCGGCGGGAGAGCUACGACGGGACGAUGUCAGGGCACUUACAGGCAGCAAGUCGUCACGUCAUAUUAUUCGGACCCUUUGGAGCGCGAAUGGCAUCUGCAAAUCAUGCGGUUCAUCGUCGAGAGCGGGAUGCCGUUCAACAGCACGAAGCUUGAAAGCUUCAAACGCAUGUUCACGAUGAUAAUCCCGCCGGGGGUUCCAGGGGCGCCCGCGCCUAGACUUCCCUCGUACCACAUGCUGGGCACGACCCUUUGGACGAGCUGGAUGAUCAGCAAGAUUCUGCGACGUUAUGAGGAAAUGAUUGCAUCUUGUCUAUCCACAUGUCGUGACAUUGAUCGGGAGCAGCAGGACGCUAUUGUGGAGGUCUUCCACAGGCGGCGCACCAUGUUCAAGACCCCCGCCCACACGGCAGCCAUGCUACUAGAUACAGAGUUCCGGGACGCGACGCUUUGUGACGAUGCGGAGGUGCAGCAGGCCUUGGUCGGGGCCCUUGUCCAGUUCGGCUACCCGGAGGAUUCGCCGCAGCACUGGGAGGUCCAACGAGCAGUCGCCAAGCUCCACACGAUGGAGCCCCCUUUCGAUGAGCUCACCAUGCAGCGAGCUGCGGAUAUCUUUGAUCACCCUGCCAGUUUUUGGUCCUCAAAGAAGGCGAAGUUCCCUUACACGGUCGUGUUUGCAGGCAGGAUCCGUCGUAUAUGGACGACCUCCUCACCGUGCGAGAGAGCGUGGUCUUGUUGGAGCUUCAUUCAUUCGAAGUCUCGCAACAGGUUGGAGGUUCCCCGGGCUGAGAAGCUUGUGCGGUGCCACUGGAACCUCAGGCUACUCGAUCGACCUUCGUUGUGCGACGAUGGUGUUGGAGAGAGGCCCGGCGUCUUCGGGAAAUGGGUGCAUUAUUGGCAGGCCGUGGAGGACGAGGCAGCCGUGGACCAGCAACUCGUCAGAGGCACCGGUGUUUUGCCGAAGGUGACCGAGGAGGAGUUGAGCCUCGCCAAAGAGAGGAUGCGCGCCAUUUCCCGCAUGGGAGCCGAGCGUCGGGUGGCGGAGUCGGACAGGGGGCGACGCAGGGCCGGUGGUCGGGGACGUGGCGGCCGUGGACGAGCAAGUGUCGGAGGACGUACACGUGGCGAUGCGGGUUCCGCUCCUCGGACUCGGCGACUGCGGACGGAUGGUGGCAUUCGCAGGGCCCGCAUGCGUUGGGACGAGGGUGACUUCUUGUUCGACAGCACAUCCAGCGACGACGACGAUUUCUUUGCGUCGAGAACACAUGCAUCCACGGGUGAUGAUAGAGGUGAUGCUGACGACAAAGGCGAUGACAGAGGCGACGGUGACGACAGAGGGUUCAGGAUCACUCAUCCCCGGUCGCCAGCGCCGGUUGUUGGCACUGAGGAGGAGACGGAGUUCGGAGGACCCGGUCCACUCGGCCAGGCGCAGACUCGGUGCACUCCAGCAGGCGCCCCAGUCCACUCCACAGGAGCGGGUUUGGAGGACGGCGAGGCACGACGUGAGCCUCCUCCUCACACGAGUGACAGCGGUCUAGAGAAGGGAGAGGUUGCACCCACUCCCACUUGUGGAAAGGACGGGGAGGACGAACGUCCUCCGAUGGACUACCACGUCGGCCUCGACUGCCCGCCCGACAGUCUUCCGCCCACUGACGAUCUAUUCACCAUGGAUUCCGCCUCGGCAUCUCUGCCCGAUAUAUCGCUACUGAUAUCUCCCACUUUGCCGGUUGUGGCACCACCGGAGCCUGCUAGACGAGAUGACGCGCGUCGUGACAGAGGGUUCGACGAGUUGGCGGCGACACGAUACUGCAUCCUCCAGAGUCAGGCACUCCCGCCAUUUUUCAUGUCGGUGCACCGUGGGCGGUGGAGCAGGGGUUGGCGGAGGAGGUAGCACGGAACCGUCGUGGUGGACCACACGUCGCAGCUCAACGUAGUCUGGAAGGUUCACUAGAGGCAGCGUCUGGAGA